AUGGAGCUGGAACAGGAUGACUUCGUACCAAUGGCCAUGGAGCGCAGCAGAGGAGGGACAGGCCUGGAGUGGAAGCACAGCACAAGAAAUCUUCUCGGGAUUCCCUCAGCUGGCGCUAAGAAAAAUGGCGGCCUCCCCAGAAGAAUAUUUGCUGAGCGUGUUGCUGAUUUUCUUGCGGACCAACUGGGCCCAGACUAUGUCACCCUCCUGGUGACUGAAGACCAAGCCUGGGAGGUGUUUGUGUCCGCUGCCGAGCUGUCCAGGGAUGAAGACGAUGAGCUGCGGGGAGCUCUGAAGAAGCUCCCAGCAGCCAUGGCUGUGGAGGACAAAGACAGGCCCCAGAAAGACCUUCAGGAUAGGAAGAUCUUCUUGCAGAGGUUUCCACAGAUGAAAACAGAGACUGAGGGUUGCAUCAGGAGGCUCCGGGCCCUUGCAGACGAGGUCAGCAAGGUGCACAGGGACUGCACCAUCUCCAACAUGGUGGCCGACUCCACCCGCGCUGCCUCCGGACUCCUGCUCCUCCUUGGCCUGACUCUGGCACCCUUCACCGCGGGCCUCAGUCUGGGGCUGUCUCUGGGUGGGAUGGGGCUGGGAGCAGCAGCUUCGGUGAGUAGUGCUGCCAUCGGCACCGUGGAAGGAAGAAAUAGGUCAUCUGUCAAAGCAGAAGCCAGCAACCUGGUAUCAGACAACAUGGAGACGUUGGAAGAUUAUUUAGUGGCUGCGGGUAAGAUCUCACCUGAAGUUGUGUUGGCAUCUGACAAGUUCGUCCAACUCCUGAGAGACAUAGGGAAGCACAUCCAUGCUUUAAGCCAGGCCAAAGCCAACCCCCAGGUACUACGGCAGGCGAGGGGCCUAAUGAACACUUGGAGAUCUUCGAGAGGCUUUGAGAGUGUGGAGAGAGCCUCUCGGGGCACGGCAUUAGCUAUGACCAGGGGACCCCCAAUCUUGGGGGUAGUCCCUGCAGGUGUCCUGCGUGGGCUGGACAUGGCCAGCCCUGUGCAAGGUUCACAGCAUUUGUCUGAGAGGGCAGAGUCAGAGUUGGCCGCAGAGCUGCGCAGGGUGGCUCAGGAGCUGGAGAGCAGGUUGGAGUUGCUUGUCAGGGUCCAGAGGGAGCUGUCAUCAGGCCCAGCUCAGUGAGGUGACGCUGCCUUCCCGAGCAGUGCAGAGGUCAGGGGAGAAG